AUGCCCCCACCGAAACAUGGCGGCUCUGGUACGUCGAAACCGUUCGCCGUAUCCUUUUCAAACACGUCCAGAAAACCGUUACACACUCCCCCCCAAAGCGCAAGACCUCGUGUUAGCUCAUCGCUGAGGCAUCACCGUCAUCACAUAAGUCAUGAUGAAUCCGACGAAGAGGAGGAGUUUCCUGUGGCCGAAGAAGUGACAGGUUUCGAUAUGGGUGGAGCAAUCAGUAAGAAUGCGCCAAAAGAAAAAGAACCUCUCGUCAUCAAAGUGGAAAGCAGAAACAACUGGCGCGAUCGACCGGGGACCAACCGGAGGAGCAGAAAUUUACUUCCGCAAGAAGUGCAGGCGCAAGCUGCUGGAAAUGUGGCAGUUGUCGAGACCGAAACUCCAAGCAUGACUUACGGCCUUAGCCUUGCCCCUGCGCAGAAUGAGGGCGCCGAUGAAAGACAGUCGGACGUGGCUAUGGCAAACACUGCUCCUAUAUCCGAACCUGAACCUCGCGCACCUCUUACGCAAGAUGAAAUCGCGCUGCAAGCACUCAUUCGGGAGAGUGAAGGUGGUGAAACGACAAGGCGGUCUGAUUUAGUGAUCGAGUCAACCAGAAAUCAAGGCCGAUACGAUGAAGCAAGCUCAUUCCGUGCAGAUGUCGCUACUCGUCCCGACCAAGCAAGCUUGGAUGCAUAUGAGGCGGUCCCAGUCGAAGAGUUUGGAGCAGCCCUGUUAAGAGGUAUGGGCUGGAAGGAAGGGCAAGCUAUCGGACGAGGAGAUUACGGAGAUACGACUGCCGCAAAGGAAGCUCGUGUGCCGGCACGCCGACCCGGAUUUUUAGGAAUCGGCGCAAAGGAUAUUGGAGGUGCCAAAGGCGCUGAAGUUGAAAUCGGUGCCUGGGGAAAAGCCGCGAUGCGCAAGGGCUCUAGGAAAGGUGGCGAUGGGAGUGGAAGCACAGAAGGAGUCUACAUGCCCGUUGUCAUGAAAAGCAAGACGACAGGUGAAUGUUUGACCGAGGAAGAGUUCAAAUUACGUCAAAAAGAGCCUAGCGAAAGAAAGGCGAACGGCAGAUCAGAUGAACGAUCAUCUCAUUCGAAUGGCCGGGAUAAAGAGCUUUCGCGCCGUUAUGACAAUGAAAGUGAUACAGACCGUGAUCGCAGGAGGCGACACGAUAAGCGAAGAAAUCGAAGUCGAUCCUCUGGGGCUCAUGAUCGUCGCCGUUAUGAUGAUGACGAGGAUGAUGGCAAACGGUCUUCUCGGGACCAUCGGCUGUAUCGUGAUAGGGACGAUAAUGAUUAUCAAAGCAGGCGACGAUCUAGGGAUCGAGGUCAUCGUGAUUCUGGAUACUCGAGACGGGAUGAAGAUCAUCGUCCCACUCGAGUCAGAGAUCGUGAUUCGGAUCGUACACGUUCAGAUAGGGACAGGAACAGGGACAGGGAUCGUCACAGAUGA